AUGUCUCGCAGUCUGCUUCUGAUGCGCUCUUCUCCGGCCCUGGGCACCGGUUCCUAUGGCACUGUCCCGGUGCUGCAUGAGAGGCUGGAUUCGGACGUGGAAUCCGAAGACGAGGAGGAUGCGCACCACCCGAGGGUUUCGAGGAAGAGCCGUGGGAAAAGAAUUCAGUCCGCCCAUGAUGUCCGGGAUGAUCAUGGCAACUUCUCAGAUGCGCGGCGACACUAUCAGCAACGGCGCAGCUCGGAAUGGGUGCGUCGGAGGUCUUCCUCGGCCGCCAGUGAAGUCGGAAUGGGCUUGGAUGCCAAAACAUCCUUCGCCUGCAACUCUGCGAUUGCCGAGGACAAAGCAGAGUCUUCCAAUGCAAGUACCGGUGCUGCAAGCCCGUCAGACAUUGAUGAUGAAUACGUUCCCUCUGCAGAGGAUCCCCCCGACAACUCUCCGUACCCAGAGGUUCGAGCGUCGGUGCCGGCCACCGACAACACUGCUCUGUCUAUAAAUACGCCCCGGAUGUGGGCUCUGUCGUUGUUAUUUGCAAUAGGGGGCUCGGCUACGAAUCUGUUUUUCUCAUUGAGAUACCCAAGCGUCGCCAUUACUCCAGUUAUUGCUCUGGUGCUAGUUCAUCCGAUGGGAAAGCUCUGGGAUUACCUCCUCAAGAGGACGGACGACCAGGAACAGGUCUUCGUAAAUGGCUCGCUGCAGAACGAUGAGCUCACGGUCUCGCAGACUCGACUUGAAUGGCUGCGGCGAUGGUUGGCGCAGGGUCGCUGGAACGAAAAGGAACACGCUUGCGUGUACAUUAGCAGCAACGUCUCCUUCGGAUUUGCCUUUGCCACCGAUGUCAUUGUCGAGCAGCACAAGUUCUACAAGCAGGACGUGCCGAUUCUAUACCAACUCCUGUUGACCAUAUCGACCCAAAUCCUUGGUUAUGCUUUCGCUGGACUGACCAGAAGAUACCUUGUCCGGCCGGCUGCCAUGAUCUGGCCCGGCACUCUUAUGUCGACUGCCAUGUUCACUACAAUGCAUAAGGAUGAAAACAAGCCGGCCAAUGGAUGGACGAUUUCGCGGUACAAAUUCUUCAUUUAUGUUUGGGCUGCAGCCUUCGUGUGGUAUUUCUUUCCGGGACUGCUCAUGCCGGCCUUGAGUUACUUCAACGUCGUUACCUGGUUCGCCCCAAAAAAUGUCGUCGUCUCAAACCUUUUCGGAGUGGCGUCGGGCCUGGGGCUCUUCCCUAUGACCUUCGACUGGGCUCAAAUUGCCUACAUCGGAUCGCCGUUGCUGACUCCAUGGUGGGCUGCUGCAAACGUGGUUACCGGACUCAUCCUAGUGAUGUGGAUUAUCGCCCCGAUACUUUAUUACCGGAAUGUCCUCUUCUCGGGAUAUUUACCCAUACUCUCCUCGGCCGUGUUCGACAACACGGGCAAGCCCUACGACGUCAGCAAAAUUCUCACUCCAAACUUCCUCUUUGACAAAGAAGCCUAUGACAACUAUUCCAAAGUAUACCUACCAAUCACAUAUGUGCUCUCGUAUGGAGUACAAUUUGCUGCUCUGUCCGCUUUACUUACCCAUACGACAUGCUGGCACGGCAAGGAUAUAUGGCGACAAUCUCAACAAGCCUUCCACGAGAGACAGGAGAAAGACAAUGCCGAGUACCAGCCCAUUCCCAGCUCUGCCGAAAACGGCCACUGCGAACCCCAUCUGGGUAGGACUGAUAGUCAAUCUAGCCAGGCCGGGGGUGAAGACGUCCACAACCGUCUCAUGAAGCGUUAUCAAGAUGUACCCAUGUUAUGGUACGCGCUAACGUUCGUCACCAUGUUAGGCGUCGGAAUCUUCGUCGUGGAGUACUACCCGGUGCAUCUGCCAUGGUACGGCCUCCUUAUGGCUCUUGGCAUUACCACCGUUCUCUUUGUCCCCGUCGGUAUUGUGAUGGCCAUCACCAACCAGCACAGCAGCCUCUAUCUAAUCUGCCAACUAAUCUGUGGCGUUGUCUUUCCUGGCCGCCCAGUUGCCAACAUGGUGUUUGUGACCUAUUGCUAUAUUUCUUCCGCACAGGGCAUCAAGUUCUCUUCUGACUUGAAAUUGGGUCACUAUAUGAAGAUUCCACCAAAAUUGCUCUUCAAAGUCCAGAUGGUCGCCACCUUGGUUUCCAGCUUGGUACAAAUUACAGUGCUCAAUUGGAUGUUCAUCAACAUCCCCGGCAUCUGCACGCCGCAGGCAAUCAACGGGUUCAACUGUCCCAUUGCCCGUGUCCACUUCAACGGGAGCAUUCUUUGGGGUGUGGUCGGACCACAACGCUUCUUCGGUCCGGGUGCCCUCUAUCGGCACCUUGUCUGGGCUUUUCUAAUCGGCUUCAUCGCACCUAUUCUCAUCUGGUUAUUGGGAAGGGGAAGCGGGAAGAAGUCCGUCUGGCGCAAGAUCAACCUCCCCGUCCUUUUCGGCUCGCUGUCCUGGAUUCCGCCCGCAACCGGGUUGAACUUCUCGGUCUGGGCCGUUGUAUGUUUUAUGUUCAACUGGCUUGUGAGGAGGAAGGCACCGGGCUGGUGGGGCAAAUACACCAUGACCAUGUCCGCUGCACUGGACUCUGGAUUGGCUUUCUCUCUGCUUAUUGUCUUCUUUGGAUUCGUGUAUCCAGGCUGGAUGGAUGGAUUCAAGUGGUGGGGCACGGAGGUAUACAAGAUGGGAUGCGAUUGGCAGGCGUGCCCAUGGCUGAAACUGAAGCCUGGAGAGAAAUUUGGGGCGUGA